CUAAUGGGAAGAAAUAUGAAGGAAAAAUCAGUAGAGAAGUUUUUCAUUUUGCCAUUCUUUAUAGGGUGUAGUUCUGAGUCAAGUGUUAGAGUGACCAACCAACUUGUGGAAACAAAGAAUUCAACGCAAAUAACAAAAAGACAAGAAGGAGAAGAGAGCUCAUCAAAUGUAAAAAUGAAGAGCUUUUGGGGAUUUUGGGCCAUGACAAGACCAAGAUUUUCACAAAAUGUGCAAAGAUUGAAAAGGCAUUUCAAAGGUUUCUCACAAUUAUUUGCGCGAAGAGAAGAGGUAGAGGAAGAGGAAACGGAGAUAGAAAUAGGAUAUCCAACCGAUGUGAAGCAUUUAACACACAUAGGAUGGGAUGGAUCAACAACAAUAAAUCCAAUUAAAGGAUGGGAAAAUUUAAAACCUCCUGAAAUUAUUUCUUUUCCAUCAAUUUCUAUUAAACAAUUUGAACUUGCUAUGGCUGCUCAAGCUGGUGAACCUAUAGAUGUUAUUAAUACCAAUAAUUGUGCUUGA